UGCGCGCUUCUGCUCACAGUAAAUGCACUGGGGAAAAGAGUCCUUGUAAGUUUUUCUUUCUCUCUCGUAUUUGUUUGAUGUUAAAUCAUUCAAUUGAGAAUGCAACUGAAUGGCAUUAGUAAAGAUGUUGCCUGAACAGUGGCAAUAGGCAUGACCUGAGGCAUCACUUUGAAAUCUAAGAAGGAUUAUUCUUAAAUAUACGGAGUAAAAGACUUGAUUAGGCUAGUAAAGACACUGAAACAAAGUUAUUAAUGGUGCACCAUGGAGAGCGCCAUCAUCAACCCAGCACUCACUUGGUGAACGCAUCAUCCUGAGAGAGAAAGAUGAGAGCGCCAACAUUUGGACUUCUGUGGAGCUGUCUCGGCUUUCUUCACGGGGUUCAGUGCGGUUUAGGAGACAACCAUGUGCACUCGAGCUUUAUUUACAGGCGUUUGCGCAACCACGAGCGGCGCGAGAUCCAGAGAGAAAUCCUCUCCAUCCUGGGCUUGCCGCACCGUCCCCGGCCCUUCUCCCCGGGGAAACAGGGGUCGUCGGCACCGCUCUUCAUGCUGGACCUGUACAACGCGAUGACGACCGACGAGGAGGACGCGAUACUCGGGAAGGCGCUCGCGGGGAAACCGCGUAAAAGCGCGUCUGGAGUUCCACAUGGAUACUCGCGCGCCGCGCAUCAGCCGUACCGCGCGACGCCACUGACCAGUCAGAGCCCGCCGCUGGCCAGCGCGCACGACAACAACUUUCUGAAUGACGCGGACAUGGUGAUGAGUUUUGUCAAUCUAGUGGAGAGGGAUAAGGAUUUCUCCCAUCACAGACGCCACUACAGGGAGUUUCGCUUCGACCUCACUCAGAUUCCCGAAGGUGAGGCGGUGACCGCGGCCGAGUUCAGGAUUUAUAAGGAUCAAAGUCCCGUCAGAUAUGAGAACAUCACACUCAAGGUCACCAUAUACCAAGUCAUCAAAGAAUAUCCAAACAGGGAUGCUGACACAUUUCUCUUGGACUGGAAAAAGGUGCGAGCCACUGACGGGGGGUGGCUGGUGUUUGACAUCACGGCCACCAGUAAUCACUGGCUCCUGAACCCUCAGCAGAACAUGGGCCUUCAGCUCUGUGUGGAGACCACUGACGGUAGAAGCAUCAACAUGAAAUCUGCUGGCAUCAUCGGAAGGAACGGACCUCAGUCCAAACAGCCGUUCCUGGUCGCUUUUUUCAAAGCCAGCGAGGUUCUGCUUCGUUCUGUGAGAGCAGCAGGAGGCAAGAGGAAGAGUCACAACAGAAACAAAAGCAAAGCACAACCCAAAUCUUCACCAGCUCUUAAAAGUGGAGAUGAGAACACCAGUGAACAGAGGCAAGCCUGCAAGAAGCAUGAACUUUACGUGAGCUUCCGCGACUUAGGAUGGCAGGAUUGGAUUAUUGCUCCUGAGGGCUACGCAGCCUUUUAUUGUGAUGGAGAGUGUUCAUUUCCACUGAACGCACAUAUGAACGCGACAAACCAUGCGAUUGUGCAGACCUUGGUCCAUCUAAUGUUUCCUGAUAAUGUGCCAAAGCCUUGCUGUGCACCAACCAAACUGAAUGCCAUAUCAGUGCUGUAUUUUGAUGACAGCUCAAAUGUAAUUCUGAAAAAGUACAGGAAUAUGGUGGUGAGGUCGUGUGGAUGUCAUUGAGGGCAGAGGAGCGUCUGUGUCAUAUUGCUGGAAUAAAUAACAUAUCAAAAGAAAUAGUUUUUGACAUUUGAUGUACAGUAUUAUGUAUAUAUUAGCUCACAAUUCCUCUUAUUUAUUUGGCUUUGUUUUGUAAUAACUUUUUUAAAUGUGUGAUGUAGAUCAGUUAAAAGUUACCACUCUUACCAUAGAUCCAUGGCUGAUUGCUCUUUCUCUGAGAAUAUGUUAAUGAGUUAGACCAGUUAGAGAGAGAGUCAUAGACUAGAGGAUCAAAUAUAAAAUAAUCUUUCUUUUGAUCACAUGUCAUAAAUUCAUAAGCAACCACUCCAAAACAGAACUGCUGCUAUUUUACAAAAGAAAUCUAAAGGCCUUAAACCCUAAUCACCUAUUUACUUUUUUUUUUUUUGAUGUGGAAAAAAGAGAACAGCCAUAUUGAUUUAGCAAAAAUAAAUACAUAAACAAUAAUUCUUUGUUAAUAAAACGAGUGUAGUGUUGUUGUAAAAGCACUGAGUAUGUCUAUACAUAUUUCCUCAAAUAGCCCAAAGUAUUGCAGCCCACAACUGCUGAUUUAUACGAGUUUGCUUUAGAUAUCAGU